UCGCUGCUUUUCCCAAUUUAACGCGGGGUUCGGGUAUAGAGAAGAGAGAAGUAACGAUCCGCUCCCUCUCGACCAAUACUUCCUCCCGACAGCAUUGCCGAUCUUUUCCUCUCCGAAAGCACUAUUCAGCGCUUUUAGGAUGUCGGCCGAUUCGCAGCAGCAGGUGGAGAGCAGGACUUCACCAACGAAGCAAGAUGAGAUGGUUUUGAGCAAUGCUAGCCAGGCGUCGGACCAAGAUGCGAUCGCUGCAGCAGAGACGUCCAAGGGAAUUGCAGGACCGAGGUCCUACGAGGUUCCAGAAGGAAUUGACGAGAAGAAGCUUCUUCUCAAAAUCGAUUUGAAGCUCAUCCCUUGGCUCUCUGUUCUCUAUCUCGCCUCGUUCUUGGAUCGGUCAGCCAUCGGAAAUGCUCGUCUCUACGGUCUCGAGAACAGCCUUCACAUGGACACGAAAAGUGGGACACAGUUUGCGAUUGCAACCGCCAUCUUCUUUAUCCCCUACGCCAUCUUCGAGGUGCCUUCCAACAUCCUGCUCAAACGGCUACGUCCAUCAGUAUGGUUCCCUCUCAUCACCUGCCUCGUCGGCAUUUGCAUGCUGAGCCAGGGUCUCGUCCGCACGUAUCCCCAGCUCGUCGGCACUCGCUUCUGCUUGGGUAUGACCGAAGCAGGACUCUUCCCCGGGGUCAAUUAUCUUCUCUCGGGCUGGUAUCCGAGGCGAUCCUUCGGGCUACGGGCUGCCAUCUUCUUCAGCGCAGCCACCGUCUCAGGUGCUUUUGGCGGACUGCUCAGUGCUGCAAUCCACAACAUGGAUGGCAUUGGAACCCUUUACGGCACGCCAAUGGAAGGAUGGCGCUGGAUUUUCAUCCUCAUCGGUCUCGCCACCUUUGUUUGUGGUGUGCUCUCUAUCUGGCUUGUCCACGACUUUCCCGACACGGCAAGAUUUCUUAGCGAGCCCGAAAGAAAGCUCGUCAUCGAUCGUCUGCAGGCCGACCAGAAGUUCUCGGCCGGCGGCGAGGGCUUCCAGUGGAACCAGAUAGUCAAGGCGUCCAUUGACUGGAAAACGUGGAUCGGAGCGUUGUGUUACAUGGGCGUCGACGGGCCCCUCUAUGCCUUUUCCGUCUUUACUCCGACAAUCGUCCAGGCGCUCGGCUACAAGGCCACAGCGGCGAAUUUGAUCUCGGUGCCCAUCUAUGUCUUUGCUUGCAUCGUCACGAUAGCUGUCGGUUUCAUUGCCGAUCGUAAGGGCAAUCGUGCUCUCAUCAACAUGAUCAUGAUCAGCAUUGGCAUUGUCGGGUACAUCAUUCUCGCCGCCAGUCGACUCCCUGGUCUCUCUUACUUUGCGAUCUACCUCGCAGCUGCUGGAAUCUACCCUUGCAUCCCCAACACCAUUGCCCUAACAUCAACGAGCGUGGAGGGUGCAUACAAGCGCUCCGUCGUCAUGGGAAUCAUCAUUUCUUGGGGCAAUAUCAACGGAGCCGCGACCACGAAUGUGUACAGAACAAAGGACAAGCCCUGGUACACCCUGGGCCACGGCAUGAUCAUUCUUUAUCUUGUCAUAGGAUUCGCCACCUCGUUCAUCUACUACAUGGGCUUGCGAAGGUCCAAUGACCGCCGAGCACGAGGUUUGGCAGAUGAAACGAUCCUGUCCCAAACGGACAGCAGCGGACAUGGCAGCGAGACGCUCAAAGAGAAGGCAGCCGAGGCGAGGGAGGAGCUGGCCCAAAAGAACAUCAGCAACCAUGGUGCGCUCGGGGGCGGGAUCAGGAAUCUGUAUGCUCGCCUUGGAGAAGCCGAAGGAGGCGUCUAUGCUACACCAGAAGAGGCCAUGGCUAUCAAAGGAGACUCUUACAGCAAGUUUGUCUACUCCUACUGAGUUCUUUACUUUCUCGAGCCGGAUCGUAACAGUGUUCCGUGGAAUAGCGAUGAACGCGAUGUUGAAUUGCAAAUACGUGAUCAAAGCAGCGG